UUUUUCUCACCUUCCCAACAACCAAAUUUUUCCAUCUCUCUUUCUCUGGCAUUAUUAUCUGAAGGGAAAAUUGAUCUUGGGGAAGAGAAUGGAUUUCGUGAACACAUUCCUAAAUUGGAUAGUGCCUCCAGCGAGCAUGGUGAUGCUGGCCUGUGCAUGGCCAGCUUUAUGCUUCAUCAAUGCUUGUGAGUGGCUUUAUAACUCCUUAAACAGUGAAAAUAUGGAUGAUAAAGUGGUUAUUAUCACUGGAGCUUCUUCUGGCAUUGGGGAGCAAAUUGCAUACGAGUAUGCAAAAAGGAGGGCAAAUCUUGUGUUAGUUGCACGCAGAGAGAACAGACUUCGCGGUAUCAGUGAGAAUGCUAGACGUAUUGGUGCUAGGCAUGUUAUGAUUAUAGCCGCAGAUGUUGUCAAAGAGGAGGAUUGUAGGAGAUUCAUCAGUGAAACAGUACACUUCCAUGGCCGUGUGGAUCAUCUUGUAAACACUGUAAGUUUAGGACAUACAUUCUACUUUGAUGAAGUUACUGAUACUUCGAUCUUUCCCCAUUUAUUGGACAUAAAUUUUUGGGGAAAUGUUUAUCCAACAUUUGUUGCACUUCCUUAUCUAUAUCAAACAAAUGGUCGAAUCAUCGUUAAUGCAUCGGUUGAGAAUUGGUUACCGUUGCCUAGAAUGAGCCUAUACGCGGCAGCAAAGUCAGCUCUUGUAAACUUUUAUGAUACAUUGAGAUUUGAAGUAAAAGAUGAAAUUGGAAUAACCAUUGCAACCCAUGGCUGGAUUGGAAGCGAAAUCUCUGGUGGCAAGUUCAUGCUCGAAGAAGGUGCCGAGAUGCAAUGGAAGGAAGAAAGAGAGGUGCACGUUGGCGGCGGACCGGUGGAAGAAUUUGCGAGGUUGAUUGUUUCGGGGGCAUGCCGGGGAGAUCAAUAUGUGAAGUAUCCAAGUUGGUAUGAUAUAUUUCUACUAUACAGGGCUUUUGCACCCAAUAUUCUGAGUUGGACAUUCCGGCUGCUUGUUUCACCGCAUGGCGCGCGGAGGACUUCCCUUAUCGGUACAGGGAGGCCUAUUGCCGAAGGCUCCAGUGGGAGGCCUAUGUUGGAGGGAACCUCUCCUAGGAAGCUUCUUGCUGGUCCUAUUACAUUCUCCCAACUCAGCACCCAGCACCAGCUAAAACUGGAAUGAGUUGGAAAUUAUGGAGCUUUAUCUAAUAUUUUAUAGUCGACAUCUCUAUGGGGUUCUUUUGUACGUUUUAAUUUUGUAGCCUUUCUGCAGAAUUGUUCACUCUCAUUUCUAAACUCCGUUGUAUAAUUAACAAUAGAUGAAUAAAUCCACCUUGAAAUCUUCAAGUUUCUGGA